CUUUAGGCAACAUCAUCAAACAUUUUAUUUUUUGAUAGAUUGGCUACCCUUAACAAUGCAAGCUAUCAAAUGUGUGGUUGUUGGUGACGGUGCUGUAGGUAAAACCUGCUUGCUCAUCAGUUACACAACAAAUGCAUUUCCCGGAGAAUAUAUCCCCACAGUGUUUGACAAUUACUCAGCAAAUGUAAUGGUAGAUGGAAAACCAAUUAAUUUAGGAUUGUGGGAUACUGCUGGUCAAGAAGAUUAUGACAGACUGCGUCCACUUUCCUAUCCUCAAACUGAUGUGUUUCUUAUAUGCUUCUCUCUGAUCAGCCCAACCAGUUUUGAAAAUGUUAGAGCCAAGUGGUUCCCAGAAGUAAGCCACCAUUGUCCAAACACUCCCAUAAUUCUUGUUGGCACCAAGCUGGAUCUUCGGGAAGAUAAGGAAACCAUUGAAAAAUUGCGCGAGAAAAAGUUGUCUCCCAUCACAUACCCUCAAGGGUUGGCCAUGGCCAAAGAGAUCGGGGCAGUCAAGUACCAGGAGUGCUCUGCCCUGACGCAGAAAGGGCUGAAGAAUGUCUUUGAUGAGGCCAUCCGAGCUGUGCUGUGCCCCAAGCCCAAACCCAAGAAGAAGAAGGGUUGUAGAAUUUUGUGAGCACCUCGCAGACCCCCAAUGUCCUUUCUACUUCAGCAACAACUACUAUUUUGUAAAG